CUGCGUGGGUGUUGAAGAAGAAGAGGCACCAGAUAUCGACAUCUAUCAUUGUCCAAAUUGUGAGAAAACCCACGGAAAGUCUACUUUGAAAAAGAAAAGAAAUUGGCAUAAACACGAUACUGGACAGACUACAGAGGUCAAACCUGUACAGAAUGGGAGCCAAGUCUUUAUAAAGGAACUUCGAAGUCGUACUUUUCCCAGUGCUGAAGAUAUAGUUCUGAAAGUGCCAGGCAGCCAGCUAACAACAGAGUAUUUGGAAGAAAAUGGCUUUGCAGAGCCCAUCCUUGUCCCGAAGAAGGAUGGCCUGGGUUUGUCCGUACCUGCACCCACCUUCUACGUCAGUGAUGUUGAAAACUAUGUCGGACCAGAGAGAAGCGUUGAUGUCACUGAUGUCACCAAGCAGAAAGACUGCAAGAUGAAGCUGAAGGAAUUUGUGGAUUACUACUACAGUACAAACAGGAAAAGGGUCCUCAACGUGACCAACCUGGAGUUCUCGGACACGAGGUAAGAAUCCAACCUGCUGCAGCAUGCCGUGUCGGGGUUCGGCUGGCUGGAGCAGCCUCUGCCUUCUCUGCUGGUUCCCUCUUUGGGCA